UUGCAAUUCCCCGGCAUCUGCACCACAGUAUCAGGUGCGGCUCCAUCAUUCGCUGCGGGGCUUCGGGAGGGGGCGGAGUUUGUCAAGCCGGGUCACACCCCCUAUACUACAGCGCUAUGUAGGCUACUCUCCUCAGAAAAAAAAGAAAAAGAAUCCUAAGGAGCGCACAGCCCGUCCGUCACCGCACACUGCUAGACAAAUAUGAUCCCGAGAAGAGCGACUCCUGCGUUUCAACACUUAAGACAACAACUCCACUGAGAAUAAUUCCAACAGAAAUCACAGACCAUCGCUGCGCUUGGUCCUUCUUCAACUAGUCUCCUCUCCGUUCUCUUACUCUCUCUCUCUCCCUCUCUUCUGCGCUGGAUCAUUCGUGCCAGAAAAUGUGUGUGGAGAGCGAUGGAUGCGAGAUUGAAGGCUGCAGCAGUUCAGACGAGGUGCACACGCUGUCGGGCAGCAUGAGUCCCGCGCUGAAAUCCAACCCGGACCUUCACCCGUGCAAACCGGGGCAGAAAUUCCGCGCCGCGCUGCUCAGAUGCCACUCACCGGCCGCCGCGGCCGGGAUCCUCAGUUUUGGGAACGUCCUCAAUUACAUGGAUAGAUACACUGUAGCCGGUGUUCUGCUCGACAUCCAGCGGCAUUAUGGGGUAUCAGACAGCGGAAUCGGCUUGUUGCAAACAGUCUUCAUCUGCAGCUUCAUGGUGGCGGCUCCCAUCUUUGGUUACCUGGGCGACCGCUUCAACAGAAAGGUCAUCCUGAGCUGCGGCAUUUUCUUCUGGUCCAUUAUUACUCUGUCAAGCUCCUUCAUCAGUAAAGAGUAUUACUGGCUGUUUGUACUCUCCAGGGGACUUGUGGGAAUCGGAGAGUCCAGCUACUCCUCCAUCUCUCCCACCAUCAUCGGAGACCUGUUCACUAGUAACAGCCGCACCAUGAUGCUCUCUGUCUUCUACCUGGCCAUCCCCCUGGGAAGUGGGUUGGGUUACAUCCUGGGCUCCAGCGCCAAGGUGGCUGCAGGAGACUGGCACUGGGCACUAAGGGUGUCCCCAGCUUUAGGGAUCACCGCGGGAACCCUGAUCCUGGUCUUCGUGCCCGAGCCGAAGAGAGGCAGCGCUGACCAGAUGGGACGUGUCAGGAACCGCACCUCCUGGCUCUGUGACAUGAAGGCGCUCGCCAAGAAUCGAAGCUACGUGUUCUCCUCCCUGGCAUCCUCGGCGGUGUCUUUCGCCACUGGUGCGUUCGGCAUGUGGAUCCCUCUGUACCUGGCCAGAGCCCAGGUGGUGCAGAAGACGGGAGAGGCCUGCACAAAAGACGUCUGCAGUAGCACAGACAGCCUAAUCUUCGGGGCGAUCACCUGCGUGACGGGCCUGUUGGGCGUGGUCAUCGGGGCGGCCACCACGCGCCUGUGCCGCCAGAAGACAGAGCGAGCCGACCCGCUCGUGUGCGCGGUCAGCAUGCUGGGCUCGGCCAUCUUCAUCUGCCUCAUCUUCGUGGUGGCCAAGAAGAGCAUCGUAGGAGCCUAUGUAUGCAUCUUCAUAGGCGAGACGCUGCUUUUCCUGAACUGGGCCAUAACAGCAGACAUUUUAAUGUUUGUCGUUAUCCCGACAAGGAGAGCAACGGCGGUCGCCUUUCAGAGCUUCACCUCUCAUCUCCUGGGUGACGCAGGAAGUCCGUACCUGAUAGGCCUGAUCUCCGACGCCCUUCAGCAGAGCUACACGACGUCAGCGCUGUGGCGGUUCCUCAGUCUGGGCUAUGCCCUCAUGCUUUGUCCCUUCAUCAUCGUCCUGGGGGGCAUGUUUUUCCUGGCCACGGCGCUGUUUUUCCUGGAUGACAGGGAGAAGGCCGAGAAACAGUUGAGCCAGAUGACACGACCACCCUCCUCAGUCAAGGUAUGACCAGGUGACAACAACAUGAGGACCCACCUGAAGGAGCAGCCAAACUCUAUAAGGAUGACAAAUUGGAGAUAAAAAAGCGAGGCCAGCUGCUCCACUCCUUUAGCCACGUCCACGUUCUCUUCAUCGCCGUCCCUGCCACGAUCCUCCUCCUCCUCCUCCUCCUCCUCCUCCUCUUGGCUCCUGCUGCUCUUCCUCUCUACACACUCACGGAGGCUGCUCAGAACUGAAGCGAGGGAGCGUCUUGCCCCUCCUUGAAACGCUUCUAAAUCACAGGUCUGUGAGAAAGAGCACAGCCGUGAGCUGAUGCCGGCCGGCCGACAGCUGGUGUCCUCCUCGCCUCUGUCUGCGAGGAUCCACUGAACCUUCCAGGGAGGACGUGGGGACGGCACAAUCCCCCGUGACCCCCCCUCCGACUCCUGAUGCCAUACUACUGAAUGCUGACCAUGAACCUGCCCUGUCUGUCUGCUUGUCUGUCUGUCUGUUACAUCAGCUGUCAAUCUGCACCAAGUGCCAUAGCGUCAUUACAUUCCUUCCGACUUUGCACUGACCACCAACAACAACCCUCAUAACUUCUGAUCACUGACUAUGUUUACAUGCACACCAUGAUUUCAGCCGCUGGCAAUGAAAUAAGUUUGAUUAUGUUUGUAAUUGCCUGACAGGAGAAGCAUCAGCAUGAUGUGUAAACUGCAGUCAUAAAGCUCCAUUGCUGUCUCUGUUGCUCCCAUGCAAAUUACCCACAAUUCAUUCUGCCCUGGCUUUUCAACACUUGGAGCCUGUAAACAGACAGAAGCUGUAAAAUUCAAGUUAUGUGGAGCGAGUGAUGCGGCUCAUUUUGUUUGCUGCAGGAAUAUAAUUCUCAAAGACUAAAAUCUGAUCACUCUGCACAUGUUAACCUGAGUAUUAACAUCACACUUAAACACAGUGUUUACAUGAUGAAUGCAGUAUUCUCACAAUCAUUCAAAGUUCAGCUGUGCAUGUAAACAUAGCUGUCAAAGCCAAAAAGUGUUACCGUCAGUGAAUCAGCCUUAAAAAUUGGAGCUUUCCCAUCAAACAGCUGUUUCCUUUGACCCCCAGAUAUGUUUUUUUAUUUUUAGCUUUUAGCACUUACAUCGGCGUAGACAGUGCCAGAGAACAUGACAGAGAUGAGAGAUUUCUACACAUUAUUUUUCAUUAACUUUCUUGUGAUUUUUCUUUUCUUCUUGCGUGAUGUUGGAUUUGAAACUGGAGGUCACUGCCUAUGAUUGUUUCAGAAGGACAAUGAUGCAAUGCGGGCGAUUUAAAGCAGACACUGGACUAUAUGUUGUUAUAAUUUAUAAUGUACAUGCUUUUUCCCAAAUGUAAAUGGACGGCUUCUCUUUUGACAUUUAAGGAGUAGCACCUAUGUUUUGUGUGUACACGAGAAGCAAUACAAAGAACCAACCUUACUCAUCCACGCUGCCUUAUCGGUGAGCGAGGUUUCUCUUCAGAGGGAUUAGCUCUCUGAUGGUUGGUUUUGAAUUUCCGGACACAACACACACACACACAGACAGAGACGCUUUUAACGGAUUCCACGUCCAGUCCAUGCUGGUUACAAUACAAGGUAUUGUGGAAAGAGGCCUCUCUCCCUUGCAAUUGUAGAUAUCCCAUUCCACGAUUAGGAGAACGGACCUUUGAGGAGAGCAGGGGUCGCGGUCAUCACUCCAUUACUGAGGGAAAUCAAAAUUCCAGACAGGAACAGGAAAUCCUUCUACCCCAGGUUAGACUGGCGAGCGCUUAUCGCUGAUAACAGAUAAGAGAAGAGUCCCCCCCCCCCUUUAAAACCAGACCAGCAAGUCCUCAGAUGUCUCUUGCUGGGGUCUCCUUCAGUACCUGCACCACAAGACAUAGAAGUACACAAAAGGGGGUGAAAUGGAUUUGAUUCCCUCAUAUGCUUUAAUUCGUAUUUGUAAUCAUGCAUCUUUAAUGCAAAACCCCACAAAGAUAUCCGCUAUCGCUAGUUGCUUGUAAAGAUUGAGGUAAAAGCGCCAUUAGAAGCUCCCCUGAAUGAUCCUUUCUGUUGUAUAUUACCUGGUGGAUACACUUUUACUGAAACCUUGAAGACGCUAAUGGCGUCGUAGGUUUGAAAACGAAUGCAUAAAGGGGAAAAAAGGCACUUUUCAGACCUCCGAGAAAGCAGAGGAGGAUGGAAUGACCUUAGCGGAGGAACGCCGGGAAACGUCGAGGUGGUUCUCGUAGCAUUGAUGUGCGAGCAUGACUCACCGGCUGUGUGCGGGGUGCCGUGUGGGCGGCGUCCUUGCUGCCAGAUCAUUAGCUUUAGCUUCUCUCCAACUGCGUGGAGCUCUCUGAAUGUGAUGCGUUUACACACCUACAUCUUCUUAAUUGACGAAGCUUCUUACCUUCCUUUUAUUGAUUUUGUUUUUCUUAAAGUUACCAAAUGAGUUUUAAAUUUGAAUAACUACAA